CCUCCAAGCUGGGAGGUCUUUGCCCUGUUGUAAAUGAUGCAGAUAUCAAGUUGAAUGUCAGUCUGAUUCCCAGCAUUUUUGCAGAGACUGUAAAUCCCAGCUCCCCAGAUAUCAUCAACACAACUUGUUGGUAAGGCAAAGCUGAGUGUAUUAUUCACUUGCUGAAGGGAGGCCAGCAGUUUCAGGGAGCUUUGGCAUGUGUGGGACGAGGGAGGCAAGGUUGGGUUUUCUGAAGACUGGAAGUUUCCUUUAAGUUGGGUGUGUCAGUGUGAGGGCUUGGUUAGGGUUGUAUAAGGAACUCAGUAGUCUGGGACUGGUGGAAGCCAUGAGGUGAGGAGUUUUGAGCCCAGGCAAGGGAUUCAAAGAAUCCUAGAGCACCAGCUGUUGAUUGUAGAGUAGGUGGGUCCUUCAGGAGGUUUCCGUGAUGAACAGUCAAGCCAUUUGCCAGAGAUAGAGGCUCCUGGGAUACUAAAAUCAUUCGGUUAAAGACAGAAAGUUAUGUGGGGAGGUACUUUCUGCUCCCAGUACCUCCCUGCCCAGCUCCCACUUCUGUCUCUUUGGAAACUCAGAGGAUCCACUCUUUUGGGGGGUGUUUCAGGACCCCCCUCCAGCCCGCCCUGCCAUGGAGGAGCUCUGAGCAAGUCCUGGGUUGCCUGGCAGGUGGGCCCUCCCUGCCCGGCUGGGUGAGGCCAGCUUCGCUCUGAUUAGAUUUCCUGUCACUCCCACUCGUCUGUUUUCCCUUGGACUUUCUGGCCAGCUGGUGCUACUGUGGAUCUGUUCUUAUUUGUACAUUUCUCCUUUUGUUUCAGGGACAUUGCGGGGAGGAGAGGGAGAUAGAUGGGCUCAGUUUGCCAUCUAGGCCCUCAGGUGUGUGUGACGUUUUCUGGUGACCGGGACACGAGUGUGGUGGGUGGCCCUCUGACCUGCCACAGGGGAGGAGACUGUGGGCAGUCGGUGACACCAGCCUCACGCCCGCAGCCUGAAGAAGGCUGUCUCCUUCCACCUGAUCCUUUCUCCUCAAGCCACACCCCUCAUCCUGGCUGUAUGACCUCACUGAUGAAAAUGACCUCACUCCACAGCACCACCAGGUCCAGGCCACUUCAUCUGUCAAACCCUCAUGCUCUGGCCCCAGCCCAGCACCUCCCACUGUCACCACCCCUCACCUCCAGCCAUGUGGACAGCAUGCAAUUUCCUUGAACAUUCUGGCCAUUCGGGGGUCCUCUGUCUCUUCUUACACAACUCCCUUUGUUUUAAAUAUCCUCUUUAUUUUUUCUCUCUCUCACACAUUCGGACACCAUCAAAAUGGACUUCGCCUACUCCAUGCUCCCCUUGAAGACAGGGACUAAAUCCUUGCCAGCUAUUAACGCUGACACCUACAGCCCGGCUCGACCCAAAAUAGGCAUUGAGUGCAUACCUGUUAAAUGAAUUAACAACCAAAUUGGGCGCUAAGGAGAAUUGUUUCACCCUGACUGUGUGUGGCCGGCCACACUCGGGGUGAGAGAGUGAGUCAGACUGACCUUGCCUGAGCUGUGUGCAACCUAGAAGUGCUUAGAGCACUGGCUGAGCACAGGGGAUACUGUUAUUUAUCUUAGGAGACCCACAGAAAAUGUGCUUCGGGUAUUCUGGGGAGGCAGAACUUAGGUCCAAUUUUGUGGGAGCUGGCUGAGCCUCCUGAGGAAGAUGGUCAGGAUUCGGCCAGGUAGGCAUGAUUGCGGAGGGAGAAAGUAGCAUUCAGUGCAGAAGAAACUUUCUGAGCCAAGCACAGAGGGGAGGAAACCAUAGAUUGUGUUUGUAGAAUAGCGUGUUCUGAGAAGUGAGUGUUUCCACACUGGGAGGAAGAGAGCACAGCCAUUUGAUUAAUAAUUGUGAUCUAUUGGAGGGCAUGAGGUCAGACUGAGGAGGAUGGAAGCCCACAGAGUAGUGAGAAGUUGGGUUGGGUUGGGUGGCAGAAUCAGGAACUGACUGAUAGAGCCUCAGAGCAAGGCUCUCCACUCUGGUGGUGUGACCCUGCCCUGGGUGUAGGAUGGGGCUGGCCAGGUUUCAUAGCAGCAGGUACAUUGGGAAGGGGACAGCAGCGGGGCUUCUGUGACCUGUAUGCUCUGUAGGAAUCAGCAGUGUGAUAUGGUUGCUGAACACGAUUCUGAGGCUGUAUGAAUAAAAAGCAUGAUGCCCAAGAGGAGAAGGGUAACAGUGCCCCAGGCCUGUGUGCGGGUUCCAGACCCAGAUUAUUGGGUUCCCCUCUGAGCUAAUAUUCAGAGCAAUUACGUGGGCCAUGCCAGGUGUUGUUCCAGCCCCUUCCCAUGUACUGAGUCGUUAAAGUACAGACCCUGGGAGGCACUCACCACUUUCAGCCUCCCUUGCUAGCCACAGCAAGCCAAAGCAACUUUCUAAAGCGGCAGAUGUCAGAAGUGGAAGGGCUGGAUUUGAACCCAGCCCUGGAAGCCACAUUCCUAUCCAUCCCACCACACUGCCUGGAGCAGGCAAACCAGAGCAUCAUCCAAAGAGCACAGCGUGGAUGUGACAUGCCAUGCCACCACUGACUGAAACAACUUGGGCUUUCUAGUUUACAAAGCACCUUCCUCUGUAUUUCCUUACUUGAUCCUUACGAUCUCCUGGUAAGUCAAUUAUUAAAAACCGAUCCUCAUUUGUGUAUUUAAUUCAGGAAUCACUGUUGAGCUCCGCUCUGACACAGACCUCCAUUGUCCUGUUUUAUUUUGUGAUUUGGGGACUACAAUGUACUUUUAUGUCUGAUAUUAUAUUUCAUUGCCACCCAUGCCUGAAUAUGAGUCACUUUUCCAGGCUGUAUUAGUUUUCUCUUGCUGCAUAACAAAUUACCUUCAAUUUAGUGACUUAGAAUAACACCCAUUGUUAGCUCAUGGAUCUUUAGGACAGAAGUGGUAGAGAGUGGCUGGAUUCUCUGCUCCAGGCUGAAUCAAGGUGUUGGCGGGCUGGGUUCUCAUCUGGAAGCUCUGGGGAACAUUCUGCUUUCCAGGCUUAGUCAGUGUGUUGACGUGACUCAGUUCCCUGCAUUGGUGGUACUGAGGUCCUGUUUCUUGCUGGUCAUCAGCUGGUGUUGCUCUCAGCCCCUGGAAGCUGUGGGCCAGUCCUUUCCAUACGACUCUCCAUCUUCAAGGUGGUGAGGGAUCCGAGGCACAAACCCAGCAGCCUCAACCUAGUUCAUGGAGGAGCCUCGUGGGGUCCCGGCCAAACAAGCCCGCCCCUCCGGUCGGAAGAGCGGUGCCUAGAAGGAGGGUAGCUGCCGCAGGAGUGGACAUGAAUGCUGGCUUUCAGAGAGAACAGCGUUUCAGUUUCGGUCAUCGGAAGUGGUGCCUUCAGCACAGAAGAAGAGUGUGAUUUCUCCUCCAAGGCCGUUGAUCUCCAACCCAGAACUAAAGGGGAGAAGAGGCUGGAACGGAGCCACCCCCCAGCAUCCAGCGUGGCAUCUCUCGUGCCAGGACCAGGGAUGACUGGGCCAUGGACACAUGUGUCUCCAACCUUCAACCAUUCGCGUAGCACACAGGGGACUCGUGGGGGCCACCUGCCACUGCCAGCUGAAACAAUACAAUGGCAAUACUGACAUCCUUCAUGACGUUUUCCCGACAGACAUUCCAGCAGAAAGUGCUGGUGCGUUUUCUGUCUGCAAACUAGAGGGCCAUGCCUCACCAGUAGUAUAGCUCAGGCCCUGAUGACCUGCUCCGAGUCUACUCACAGCCAGUGACACUUGCAAAAAAACUCCCAAAGCCGUCUUGGGUGUGGCUUCCGCAGCUCUUGACCAAUGUGGCCAAAGCUGGACACCUCCUCGGGACACUGGAAUUAUUCGUAAAUGCAGCCUGCCCUGACUCUCCCUGAAUAGCAUCUGAAGUCUCUGUGAAGGUCAUGGAUCCUGAACAAAGUGUCAAGGGCACCAAGAAGGCUGAGGGAAGUCCCCGGAAGAGGCUGACCAAGGGAGAGGCCAUUCAGACCAGUGUUCCUUCCAGCAUCCCAUACCCAGCUGCCACCCAAGAGAGCCCCGCCCAAGAGCUCCUAGCCCCGCAGCCCUUCCCGGGCCCCUCAUCAGUUCUUAGGGAAGGCUCUCAGGAGAAAACAGGCCAGCCACAGAAACCCCCCAAAAGGCCCCCCAUCGAAGCAUCCGUCCAUAUCUCACAGCUUCCGCAGCACCCUCUCACACCAGCAUUCAUGUCGCCCGGCAAACCUGAGCAUCUCCUGGAGGGGUCCACGUGGCAAUUGGUCGACCCCAUGAGACCGGGACCAUCUGGCUCCUUUGUGGCCCCUGGGCUCCAUCCUCAGAGCCAGCUCCUUCCUUCCCAUGCUUCCAUCAUUCCUCCUGAGGACCUUCCUGGCGUCCCCAAGGUCUUUGUGCCUCGUCCCUCCCAGGUCUCCUUGAAACCCACAGAAGAGGCACACAAGAAGGAGAGGAAGCCCCAGAAGCCAGGCAAGUACAUCUGCCAGUACUGCAGCCGGCCCUGUGCCAAGCCCAGCGUGCUCCAGAAGCACAUUCGCUCACACACGGGGGAGCGGCCCUACCCCUGCGGUCCCUGUGGCUUCUCCUUCAAGACCAAGAGUAAUCUCUACAAGCACAGGAAGUCCCAUGCCCACCGCAUCAAAGCAGGCCUGGCCUCAGGCAUGGGCGGUGAGAUGUACCCACCAGGGCUGGAGAUGGAGCGGAUCCCUGGGGAAGAGUUUGAGGAGCCCACCGAGGGAGAAAGCACAGAUUCUGAAGAGGAGACUAGUGCCACCUCCAGUCACCCUGCAGAGCUCUCCCCAAGACCCAGGCAGCCCCUUCUCUCCAGCGGGCUGUACAGCUCUGGGAGCCACAGUUCCAGUCACGAGCGCUGCUCCUUGUCCCAGUCCAGCACAGUCCAGUCACUCGAGGACCCCCCUCCGUUUGUGGAACCCUCAUCUGAGCACCCCUUGAGCCAUAAACCCGAAGACACCCACACAAUUAAGCAGAAGCUGGCCCUCCGCUUAAGCGAAAGAAAGAAGGUGAUCGAUGAGCAGGCAUUUCUGAGCCCAGGCAGCAAAGGGAGUACUGAGUCUGGGUAUUUCUCCCGCUCCGAGAGUGCAGAGCAGCAGGUCAGCCCCCCAAACACCAACGCCAAGUCCUACGCAGAGAUCAUCUUCGGCAAGUGUGGGCGCAUAGGGCAGCGGACCGCCAUGCUGACAGCCACCUCCACCCAGCCCCUCCUGCCCCUGUCCACCGAAGACAAGCCCAGCUUGGUGCCUUUGUCUGUACCCCGGACGCAGGUGAUUGAGCACAUCACGAAGCUCAUCACCAUCAACGAGGCCGUGGUGGACACCAGUGAGAUUGACAGCGUGAAGCCAAGGCGGAGCUCGCUGUCCAGGCGCAGCAGCAUGGAGUCCCCGAAAUCCAGCCUCUACCGGGAGCCCCUGUCAUCCCACAGCGAGAAAACCAAGCCCGAACAAUCACUGCUGAGCCUCCAGCACCCGCCCAGUACCGCCCCCCCUGUGCCUCUCCUGAGAAGCCACUCAAUGCCUUCUGCUGCCUGCACUAUCAGCACCCCUCACCACCCCUUCCGAGGUAGCUACUCCUUUGAUGACCAUAUCACCGACUCCGAAGCCCUGAGCCGCAGCAGUCAUGUGUUUACCUCCCAUCCCCGGAUGCUGAAGCGCCAGCCGGCAAUCGAAUUACCUUUGGGAGGGGAGUACAGUUCCGAGGAGCCUGGACCAAGCAGCAAAGACACAGCCUCCAAGCCCUCAGAUGAGCUGGAACCCAAGGAAAGCGAACUUACCAAAAAGACCAAGAAGGGUUUGAAAACAAAAGGGGUGAUCUAUGAAUGUAACAUAUGUGGUGCUCGGUACAAGAAAAGGGAUAACUAUGAAGCCCACAAAAAAUACUACUGCUCAGAGCUUCAGAUCACAAAGCCCAUCUCUGCAGCCACCCACAUAUCUCCAGAAGCUGAAAAGAGUCAGACUGAGCAUGAGCCGUGGUCCCAGAUGAUGCAUUACAAACUGGGGACCACCCUGGAACUCACUCCACUGCGGAAGAGGAGGAAAGAGAAGAGCCUUGGGGAUGAGGAAGAGCCACCUGCCUUCGAGUCCACAAAAAGUCAGUUUGGCAGCCCCGGGCCAUCCGAUGCUGCUCGGAACCUUCCCCUGGAGUCCACCAAGUCACCAGCAGAACAAAGUAAAUCAGUGCCCUCCUUGGAGGGACCCAUGGGCUUCCAGCCAAGGACUCCCAAGCCAGGGUCUGGUUCAGAAUCAGGGAAGGAGAGGAGAACAACAUCCAAAGAAAUUUCUGUCAUCCAGCACACCAGCUCCUUUGAGAAAUCUGAUUCUCUCGAGCAGCCGAGUGGCUUGGAAGGGGAAGACAAACCUCUGGCCCAGUUCCCAUCGCCCCCACCUGCCCCACAUGGACGCUCGGCUCACUCUCUGCAGCCCAAGUUGGUCCGCCAGCCCAACAUUCAGGUUCCUGAGAUCCUGGUAACCGAGGAGCCCGACAGGCCGGACACAGAGCCAGAGCCACCUCCUAAGGAACCUGAGAAGACUGAGGAGUUUCAGUGGCCCCAGCGCAGCCAGACACUUGCCCAGCUCCCAGCUGAGAAGCUGCCACCCAAAAAGAAGAGGCUGCGCCUGGCAGAGAUGGCCCAGUCAUCAGGGGAGUCCAGCUUUGAGUCCUCCGUGCCUCUGUCUCGCAGCCCAAGCCAGGAAAGCAGUGUCUCUCUGAGCGGGUCCAGCCGCUCAGCCUCAUUUGAGAGGGAUGACCAUGGGAAAGCUGAGGCCCCCGGUCCCUCAUCUGACACGCGCCCCAAACCCCUGGGCACCCACAUGUUGACUGUCCCCAGCCACCACCCACAUGCCCGAGAGAUGCGGAGGUCAGCCUCAGAACAGAGCCCCAAUGUUUCCCAUUCUGCCCACAUGACCGAGACACGCAGCAAAUCCUUCGACUAUGGCAGCUUGUCCUUGACAGGCCCUUCUGCUCCAGCCCCAGUGGCUCCACCUGCACGGGUGGCCCCACCAGAGAGAAGAAAAUGCUUCUUGGUGAGACAGGCCUCUCUGAGCAGGCCUCCAGAAUCUGAGCUGGAGGCUGCCUCCAAGGGAAGACAGGAGAGUGAAGAACCACAGCCCUCAUCCAGUAAACCCUCCACCAAAAGCUCCUUGUCCCAGAUUUCUCCCACGGCCACCUCGCAUGGUGGGCCCCUGGGAAGCAAGGGCCCAGGGCAGGACAGGCCCCUGCUGGGGCCCACUGUACCCUACACAGAAGCACUGCAGGUGUUCCACCACCCCGUUGCCCAGACACCCCUGCAUGAGAAGCCGUACCUGCCACCACCCGUCUCCCUUUUCUCCUUCCAGCACCUCUUGCAGCAUGAGCCAGGACAGUCUCCAGAAUUCUUCUCCACCCAGGCCAUGUCCAGCCUCCUGUCCUCACCAUACUCCAUGCCCCCACUUCCUCCCUCCUUAUUUCAAGCCCCACCGCUUCCUCUCCAGCCUACUGUUCUGCACCCAGGCCAACUCCAUCUCCCCCAGCACAUGCCUCACCCAGCCAACAUCCCCUUCCGGCAGCCCCCUUCCUUCCUCCCCAUGCCAUACCCAUCCUCCUCAGCACUCUCUUCUGGGUUUUUUCUGCCUCUGCAAUCCCAGUUUGCACUUCAGCUCCCUGGUGAUAUGGAAAGCCAUCUGCCCCAGAUCAAAACCAGCCUGGCCCCACUGGCUACAGGAAGUGCUGGCCUCUCUCCCAGCACAGAGUAUAGCAGUGACAUCCGGCUGCCCACUGUGGCUCCCUCAGCCAGCUCCUCAGCACCUUCGCCAGCCCCUCCACUGGCCCUGCCCACCUGUCCAGACACCAUGGUGUCCCUUGUUGUGCCCGUCCGUGUUCAGACCAACAUGCCAUCCUAUGGGAGCGCAAUGUACACCACCCUUUCCCAGAUCUUGGUCACCCAGUCCCAAGGCAGCUCAGCAACUGUGGCACUUCCCAAGUUUGAGGAAACCCCAUCCAAAGGGACAACUGUGUAUGGUGCAGAUGUGCAUGAGGUUGGGCCCGGAGCUUCUGGACCAAAUGAAGAGCAAAGCAGAGCUUUCCUGACUCCAUACCUGAGAGUGCCUGUGACAUUACCUGAAAGAAAAGGCACUUCCCUGUCAUCAGAGAGUGUCUUGAGCCCAGAGGGGAGUUCAUCAACAGCAGGGGGAAGCAAACGUGUCCUUUCACCAGCUGGCAGCCUUGAACUUGCCAUGGAAACCCAGCAGCAAAAAAGAGUGAAGGAGGAGGAGGCUUCCAAGGCAGAUGAAAAACUUGAGCUGGUAAAACCAUGCAGUGUGGUACUUACCAGCACUGAGGAUGGGAAGAGGCCAGAGAAAUCCCACUUAGGCAGCCAGGGCCAGGGCAGGAGGGAGCUAGAAAUGCUGUCUAGCCUGUCCUCGGAUCUAUCUGACCCAAAGGAAAUUCUUCCCCUUCCUCACCCUACAUUGCCCCAUGGGACAGCCCCAGGCUCAGAAGCUUUGAAGGAAUAUGCCCAGCCAUCUGUCAAACCUCACCAAAGAGGGUUGCCCCCACUGAGCGUGAAGAAAGAAGAUUCCAAGGAACAACCUGACCUCCCCUCCCUGGCACCUCCCAGCUCUCUGCCUCUGUCAGAAACGUCCUCCAGACCAGCCAAGUCACAAGAAGGUACGGACUCAAAGAAGGUACUGCAGUUCCCCAGCCUCCACACAACCACUAAUGUCAGUUGGUGCUAUUUAAACUACAUUAAGCCAAAUCACAUCCAGCAUGCAGAUAGGAGGUCCUCUGUUUACGCUGGUUGGUGCAUAAGUUUGUACAACCCCAACCUUCCGGGGGUUUCCACUAAAGCUGCUUUGUCCCUCCUGAGGUCUAAGCAGAAAGUGAGUAAAGAGACAUACACCAUGGCCACAGCUCCGCAUCCUGAGGCAGGAAGGCUUGUGCCAUCCAGCUCCCGCAAGCCCCGCAUGACAGAGGUUCACCUCCCUUCGCUGGUUUCCCCGGAAGGCCAGAAAGAUCUAGCUAGAGUGGAGAAGGAAGAAGAGAGGAGAGGAGAGCCGGAAGAGGAUGCUCCUGCCUCCCAGAGAGGGGAGCCGGCAAGGAUCAAAAUCUUCGAAGGAGGGUACAAAUCAAACGAAGAGUAUGUAUAUGUGCGAGGCCGCGGCCGAGGGAAAUAUGUUUGUGAGGAGUGUGGAAUUCGCUGCAAGAAGCCCAGCAUGCUGAAGAAACACAUCCGCACCCACACUGACGUCCGGCCCUAUGUGUGCAAGCACUGUCACUUUGCUUUUAAAACCAAAGGGAAUCUGACUAAGCACAUGAAAUCGAAGGCCCACAGCAAAAAGUGCCAAGAGACAGGGGUGCUGGAGGAGCUGGAAGCCGAAGAAGGAACCAGUGACGAUGUGUUCCCGGACUCGGAAGGGCGAGAGGGCUCAGAGGCUGUGGAGGAGCAUCAGUUUUCAGACCUGGAGGACUCGGACUCAGACUCAGACCUGGACGAAGAUGAGGAUGAGGAUGAGGAGGAUAGCCAGGAGGAGCUGUCCAGACCAUCCUCAGAGGCGCCCCCACCUGGCCAGCCACAUGCACUGCGGGCAGACUCCUCACCCAUCUUGGGCCCUCAGCCCCCAGAUGCCCCUGCCUCUGGCACCGAGGCUACACGAGGCAGCUCAGUCUCGGAAGCUGAGCGCCUGACAGCCAGCAGCUGCUCCACGUCCAGCCAGAGCAUCCUGUGCCUCCCGCGGCUGGGACCAGCCACUUCGGGCUCUGUGGAGAAAGACACAGGCUCAGCCCUGAGCUCCAAGCCUGUGUCACCAAGAAGACCGUGGUCCCCAAGCAAAGAAGCAGGCCGCCCACCACUAGCCCGCAAACACUCACUAACCAAAAACGACUCAUCUCCCCAGCGAUGCUCCCCAGCCCGAGAACCACAGGCCUCAGCCCCAAGCCCACCUGGCCUGCACAUGGACCCAGGAAGGGGCCUGGGCCCGCUUCCUUGUGGAUCUCCAAGACUUGAGCUGUCUCCUCUCACCCCCCACCCCCUGGGAAGAGAACUGCCCCUUGGAGCACAUGUGCUCCCCAAACUCGAGGGUACCACCGACCCAGGCCUCCCCAGACACUCGCCCACCAGGAGAUGGUCUCCAGGUCAGGCUGAGUCACCACCACGGUCAGCGCUGCCAGGGAAGUGGGCCUUGGCUGGGCCAGGCAGCCCCUCCACGGGCGAGCAUGGCUCAGGCUUGGGGCUGGCCCCACGGGUUCUCUUCCCACCCGCGCCUCUACCUCACAAGCUCCUCAGCAGAAGCCCAGAGACCUGCACCUCUCCGUGGCAGAAGGCUGCGUCCCGAAGUCCCUCCUGCUCACCCGGCCCUGCUCAUCCUCUCUCCUCCCGACCCUUCUCCGCCCCCCAUGACUUCCACGGCCACAUCCCAGCCCGGACAGAGGAGAACAUCUUCAGCCACCUGCCUCUGCACUCCCAGCACUUGACCCGCGCCCCGUAUCCCUUGAUUCCCAUCGGUGGGAUCCAGAUGGUGCAGGCCCGGCCAGGAGCCCACCCCACUCUGCUGCCAGGGCCCACCACGGCCUGGGUCAGUGGCUUCUCCGGGGGUGGCAGUGACCUGACAGGGGCCCGGGAGGCCCAGGAGCGAGGCCGCUGGAGUCCCACUGAGAGCUCGUCAGCCUCCGUGUCACCUGUGGCUAAGGUCUCCAAAUUUACACUCUCCUCGGAGCUGGAGGGCAGGGACUACCCCAAGGAGAGGGAGAGGACCGGCGGAGGCCCGGGCAGGCCUCCUGACUGGACGCCCCGAGGGGCUGAGGCACCCGCAGAGCCCACACCCAUGCACAGCCCUUGCACCCCUCCUGACACCUUGCCCCGGCCGCCCCAGGGCCGCCGGGCAGUGCAGUCCUGGAGCCCCCGCUUGGAGUCCCCACAUGCACCGGCCAACCCCGAGGCCCCUGCCACCCCACCACUGGACCGCAGCAGUUCCAUGGGCUGCCUGGCAGAGGCCUCUACCCGCUUCCCAGCCCGAAGGAGGAACCUCUCUGGGGAACCCAGGACCAGGCAGGACUCCCCUGAACCCUCAGGAAGUGGGGAACCCAGGGCACCUCCACAUCAGCCUGAGGACAGGGGCCCCCCCAAUGCGUAGCCUCUCUCCAGCCGCUUCAGCAUCUGACUUCCAGUGUCCAGACGUUUCCAGCUGCAUUCCUCGAGUCAUCUGCCCCCCCAGGCCCAUCUGGCCCUCCGUCCAGGAGCUCUCACGGCCCCGUCUGUUGUACCUUCUCAUGUAUGCAGUUACCUGUGCCUUUUUCUACACCUUUUGUUGCUUGAAAAGAAACAAAACCAAUCACAUACAUACAUUUUUUAAAACCCACGAGGAGUCUGAGGCUGUGAAUAGUUAUGCUUUUGGGGAAAGGCUGAGGGGGGAACCUCCUGACCCUCCCCACUGUGGUUGGCGGCCACCCACCCCAGAGGCUGGCAGAGGGGAAGGAGUGCACUGAGGGAGAGAGAAAAAGGAAACUUUAAACAAUAUGGAGUUAAAUGUCAAAGGAAGCACUCCUGUGUGCAGAUGCUAGCAAGCUUCCUGUUUAUUGCCGCUUUACCCCUGCCCAGCUCGUGGCCACCCCUCUCUGCCAGCAGAAAGACCAGUGUCCCCAGGCAGAGGGGUGCAAACACAGGCAGAUGACCCCACCCAGGCCCCAGCAGGCAGGCCCAGAAAAAAUAAUCUUUUUCUUUUUUUCUUUCUUUUUCAAGAAAAUAAAAUGUUACUUUUCCUAGGAUUUCAACACAAAAUAAUAGGAGCAGGUAGAAGGAGGCGGGUUGGCUCCCCAAGGGCUCCUGGAUGCUCUAGCAGUCUGAGUCUUAGGACCAUCCUGGCACUCCACGGGUGGGCAGGCCACCCCACCCAUGCAACCCCACUCCCAACCCUCCCUUCUGCUCCCCACCCCAGUCCCCUGGGCUGGGGAAGGAGUCCUGACUGUCCUUCCCUGGCUCUGGAGCCCCGACUUAGGCCUCCCUCUCCUGUUGCUUCGUCUGUUCUAAGACUACCCACAAAGGCGGAAGUGGCAAGCCCCAAGCCCUAGGGGCCGCUCCUGGGACUGGGUUUUGGGUUUAGUUUCACCUUAGUCCCUGGGGUACAAGGGACCCUGUUCCCCUCAGGGCUGGGUUUUUCCAGUGCUCCACAGCAGAGAUUUGCAGGGAACCAUUUCCUCUGCCCCCGCCCCACACUGGCCCUGCCUCCACCACCCCAAGGAAACACCCAGAACUGUGACUCCUGGCAACAGCCUGGGCCUGUUGGUUGUCUUACGCUUCUUUUUGAAAAAGAGAGAAGGGAUGGGGUUUGAUAGUUUGCCCAGCCACCUCAUUCUCUUGACCUAGAGGAUUUUCGAAUUGUCCUAAGUCAUUGGAAUUCUUCUCUGAAGCAAUCAGUGCAGGCCAAUGCCUCUUCCUUACCCCUUCUCUGCCUUCAGACAGCUGUCCUCCAUUUCCUGGGGCAAAACUCUGCUUUGUAAGAAAAAUAAUAGGACCAGAAAUUUAAAUCCCAAAUUGAACCAUGGAACCUGAACUCUAGCAAGUUUGCCCCAACUGGGAGAGGUAAGUUUUCUCCCAGUCUUCCAGAAGUGAUUGUCUUCACCUUCUACAAGGGAGGGCAGCACAGGGACAGCUGUCAUGGCCCAUGCAGGCUGGUUUGAUGCCACCCUAUACAGAGCAGCGAUCUCUCUGGCCAACCUGCAGUCCUCAGCCAGGCUGUAUGAAUCCCAGGGCUCCUGAGCUAUUGAAGCUAUUUGGGUCCAGGAUACAGGUGGGGAGGGUUGAGACCUUGCUGUGAGCUCCCUGUACUUGCCUCUUCCAAUUCGUGGCCUUUCCCUUCUUGGUCCCUACUCUACAGACAAACCAGCCACCGUCCAGCCUGCAGCCAGAACACCUUCAUUCUCCUUUGCCUCACUCAGCGCUAAGACAAAAGUGAGACAAAAGGCAGGGCCUCCCUGCGGGUCCACUGUGCUCCAGGGUUCUGGGGUGUCUGGGUUAGCCAGUAGCUCCUGGUGGCUUCACUCAGAGACCAGGGCUCUCAUCCUCCCCAAGAGAAGCAGCAAGCCCAGCCUGGACCACACUGUCCAUAUUGCUGUCAUGGCCUAGCAGAAAGUGACUCCUCCUCCGAGUCCUGGAAGGCCAGGGCUUUCUCCACCCCUGCCUUUCCGCCCUAACCCACGGGACAGACCACAGAUUGGGGGCUUCAAGGGCUGAGGUCUGGGAGGUGCAUAAAGGGCAUUUCUUCGGCCCAGGUUAGAAAUCUUCCUGGCCGAGCUCUUCCUGCCCCAGACCUACAAAGCAGCAGACUGGGGGCUCUGGUGGACUAGUCCCUGCCCUUGGUGGGGGGGCCCACGCCAUUCUACCCCACCCUGCCUUCCAGCUCUCCUGGGCAUUUUACUUCCAGUACUCAGACAACCCAUCCACCCAAGGUUUCUUCCAUGGGCUGCCUAGCAAUGAACAGUGCAGCCAGCAGGCCAGAGUCCUGGUGUCACUGGGCUGAGGCAGAGAAGCCGCAGGGGCCAGAGUCACUGGAGACUAUUUCUAAAUGAUGGGGGGAAAUGCACCAAUAGAAUCUCACCAAAGGGCUGCCUCCAUAUUGAUGCUUUGCCCAGAAGGACAGCACCAGUGCCACCAGCCUGGGUAUAUGUCACUGGGCACAGCUUUAACCCCCACUUCUGGACUCUAGUCCCACUCCUCUGCGCACAGAGCCCCCAGCCCACAAGUGCACCUUCAUGAUUUGGAGAAGACGCUCGCCCCAUGCACACCCACCCCUGGGCCUUCUUCCCUGCUCCCAGUCACUUCAGAGUUUCCUGUUUGCCUGUGAUGUCACUGCACCUCUUGAGGGAGGCAUCAGAGGAAGCAGUGGCUGACUUGGCACAGAUGCCUGCUGUGGGCUCUGUUGAAAUGCUCUAGGUGGCCAUUCCUUGGUACUAGCCCUGGUCCUUGGGUGUGGGCAGCGGGGGAGGAACCAACUGGUCAAGGUUUUAGAGCCAAACCUUGCCUUCGGCUGGUGAGUCCUUGCUCCCCAGGCCUGCACUCCACGAUGCCCUUCACCCUUGGCAACCUCAGGACCAUUCUGCGUAGUAACCCAACUCCUCUCUGAGGACACGCCUGUCCCUCCCACCCGCACCUAUGGCUCUCACUCUGGCCUCAACCCCUGCAACCCCCAGGAGCCUGACAGCAGCCAGCUGCCUGCACUGUCACCUCCAAUUUCCAGACCCAGAAGUCCCUCUGUUGCAAAAAGCCUAAAAGAAUUAGCUUCCAGAUUCCUCUAGCCCUUGCUCCAUCCCCACCCAGUCCUUCUGAAGAGGAAUGAGCAGCACAUCUGUGCUGGAUUUCUCUCUAGUCCUUUCUCCAGACAAAUCCUUCUUAAAGCAAAAGUCCUGGCUGAGCACCUGUCCUUAGGGACCAAGCUGCCGUGUGACCAGGGGAAGGACAUUCCCGAAAGGCUGGUCCACCAAUUCUGCUUCUGUGUUGUGAAUCCAGUCUGCUUUUCAUUAGAAAACCGCUUCGGCACUUAUGAUCACUUUACUAAAUUUAGUAUUUAAAAAAAAGAAAGAAAAAAGAAUCAUGCAGGCAAAUGUAAAUUACAAUGCUCUCUGUAAGAUAAAUAUUUGCCUUUUUUUCUAAAAGGUGUAUGUAUUCUGUAUGUGAAAUUGUCUGUAGAGAGUUUCUAUGUUCUUAAAUGGCAAUACAUUCCAAAAAUUGUACUGUAGAUAUGUACAGCAGCCGCACUGGGACGGGGUGGUUUUGCCUGUAAUUCUAUUUAAACUCCAGUUUCCACACUUGCAUCUUGCAAUGUUGGUAUGGUAUAUAUCAGUGAAAAAGAAAAAAAAACAAAAAACAAAAAAUCUACGCAGGUCUAAAGCACAGAGUCUGACGUACAAAAGGAAAAAUGCUCAGUAUUGAUGUGUGUGACCUUUGUUGUAAAUUACAUCUGUACUGUGAAUGAGAAGUUUUUACAAGUAUAAUAAUUGCCUUUAUUACAGCUCUGGCUGAGUGUUCAGCCUGAGGAUAUUUUUUAAAAAAAAUAGCAUGUUGGAAUAAAUUUGAAAAUCCCAACAUA